GUUAACGACUCGAUGAUUAAAGACAUAUCUUAAGGACAUUCCUUUUAGUUCGAAAGACAAACGAUAAAGUUCAUUUUAUCAUGUAUGAUUUCAAAUUGGGUCAAGGAAUUCUAAAUACGAAACGAAUGCUAAACAUAAGCAAAAAGAUCGAUGAAAGUUUAAAGAAACUGCAUGAAUAAUACGUAUAUUUUAUUCAUUACAUGAAUCUUUUAUUUGACAUACAGGAUUUUGUCAGGUAAUAGAAUCCAUUAACAAAACGUUUUAUCGCCGACACAUCGAAUUCAGGCGAUGGUAUGCAACGCAUUGAAAUUCUAUGUGUAAACUGGACAGAGAACGAUGAUGCAAAGUUAGAAAGAGAUGAUAAAAUAAGAAAGGAACGACACAUUCGUGGGCACGAACGGGCACUAAAAGAAGUAUAGUCCAUAUAUGACAAAAAAGAAGCUAUAUUAUAUCAAAUUUUAUUCUGCUAAUUUUGCAAAAUGUAACAUCGAAACGAAUGAUCAUCAACCAAAACCUUUCAAUAAUAUUCCUGGACCAAAAUCUUUACCAGUUAUUGGAACACUUUACAAAUAUCUACCAUUUAUUGGUGAAUAUAGUUUUACAAAUUUAUAUGAAAGCGGAAAAAGAAAAUUGGAACAGUUUGGGCCGCUAGUACGCGAAGAAAUAGUACCUAAUGUAAAUGUCGUAUUGGUUUAUAGGCCGGAAGAUAUAGCAGAAAUUUUCAAAGCGGAAUCAGGUUUGCAUCCAGAAAGGAGGAGUCAUUUAGCACUUUUGAAAUAUCGAAAAGAUCGCACUGAUGUAUACAACACUGGAGGUUUAUUACCCACAAAUGGAACAGAAUGGUGGAGAUUACGAAAAGAGUUCCAAAAAGUUUCUAGUAAACCUCAAGACGUGAUCAAUUAUUUAAAAGAAACAGAUGAUGUCAUUCAAGAAUUUAUUGAAUUAUGUAUUAAUGAGAAGUUUGAUGACUUCUUACCUCUUUUAUCACGCUUAUUCCUUGAAUUGACAUGUCUGGUUGUUUUUGAUGUAAGAUUGAAUAGUUUCUCAAAAGAAGAAAGAUGUGAAAAUUCUACAAGUUCAAAAUUAAUCAAGGCUGCCUUUACAACAAAUAGCGUAAUGUUAAGGUUGGAUAAUGGAUUGCAAUUAUGGCGUUUUUUUGAAACCCCAUUGUACCGAAAAUUACGUAAAGCACAAACAUACAUGGAAAUGGUUGCAUUAGAAUUGGUAUCUCAGAAAAAACAGAGCACGAAAACUGGACAUAACAAAUCAUUCUUAAAUGCGUAUUUAGAAAAUCCUGCUCUGGAUAUUAAGGAUAUUGUGGGCAUGGCUUGUGACAUGUUACUUGCUGGUAUAGAUACUACUACUUACAGUACUGCUUUUGCCUUGUAUCACCUGGCAAGACAUCAAGAUAUUCAAGAAAAAUUGAGAAUUGAAGCCACACAGUUUUUAGCUGAUCAUAGUCAACCAAUAACAGCAGGUGUGUUGCGAAAUGCUUCGUAUACCAAAGCUGUCAUCAAGGAAAGCUUGCGAUUAAAUCCAAUUUCUAUAGGAAUAGGUCGCAUAUUGCAAAAUGAUAUUGUUCUUAAUGGUUAUCAAGUACCUAAAAGGACUGUUGUUGUAACACAAAACCAAGUCACUUGUCGUCUUCCUGAAUACUUUAACAAACCAGACUUGUUUAUGCCAGAAAGAUGGCUGCGUAAACAUUCAGAAAGUAGCAGUAAAAUAAAUUGUGGAAAAUCAGUACAUCCAUAUGUAUUGUUACCUUUUGGUCAUGGUCCUAGAUCUUGUAUUGCUAGACGAUUUGCAGAGCAAAAUAUGCAAGUAUUGUUAUUAAGGAUGUGUCAACGACUCAAGAUUUUUUGGCAUGGGGGUGAACUUGGAAUGAUAUCUUUAUUAAUCAACAAACCAGAUGCCCCAUUAAAAUUCAAUUUUCAUGAGGUCUUAAAAACCAAUUCUACUUGUAUUCAAAAGAACGAAAUAGUAUAAGCGAGGAAAUAUCUUUAAUGAGAAAAUAUGUAUAAAACUUCUAAGAAGUCUUUCUCUGUAGCUACCUUCCGACGUGCACGAAUCGCAAACAUACCAGCUUCUGUACAUACAGAUCGAAUCUCAGCACCAGUACUAUUAGGGCAUAAACGUGCAAGGAGUUCAAAUCUGAUAUCUCUUUCAACACUCAUUGAACGUGCAUGAAUUUUAAAAAUAUGUGUUCGUCCUUCUAAGUCUGGUAAUCCAAAUUCUACUUUUCUAUCUAAACGUCCUGGUCUCAUCAAUGCUGGAUCUAAUGUAUCUGGUCUAUUUGUUGCCAUUAAAACUUUAAUGUUACCUCGUGGGUCAAAGCUAAAAUAUUUAAAAUCAUAUAAAUAUCAUCAUUAUCUGUUAUAUAUUACUUAUUAUUAAUUAUUGAAGAUAUUUAAUAAUAAAACAUAUGUUUUACCCAUCUAAUUGAUUAAUCAAUUCUAGCAUAGUACGUUGUACUUCAUUAUCACCACCAGCUCCAUCAUCAAACCGAGCUCCUCCAAUAGCAU